AUGAAUUGUGAAAAAGAGUAAGAUGAAGAUUUGUAUGGGUUUUUGGCUUUAUUUAAAGAUGUUGAUGAAAUAAUCUUCCCUAUCAUAAGUAAAUAAUUAAAAAGAAAGAAAAUUUAAGACUGUUUUGAAUUUCUCUAACAAUAGGAAAAUCAAUGUAUUGUAGGUAUAGAAAGUUAAAAGAUAAAAAAUUUAUCUCUGCCUGAUAAAGAAUUCAUUGCUGAAAAAAAGGACAUUAAGAAAAUAAUUGAAGUUCUCAAAAAAAUUAAGGAUCACUAAUUUAAUAAUAAAAUUUCUCUAUUGACGAAUAUGAAGAAAUUAAGAAGGAUCUGA